GCCGGCGCCGGCGGCUGUCAGUGUCGCGCUUGACAUGACGCGGACAGGUGCGAUCGCGGCCGGUGACGUCACACUCACCGAUGCUCCCAGUGCCAGUGGAGAAGCAAACGGCAGCGGUAGUGGUGCGCUCAACAAUGGAUACAGUGAUUCUGGCACAUACCGCCGAAAGGUGGAAGACGCUACGGAUAGCAACACACACGAUAGAAAAGUUAAGAUAGACGAUUUAGUUAAUGUAGCAGAUUUACAAGAAGACAACGACGAUGAGGGAAAUUCGAGGAAGCUCGAUGAAGUGUUGGAUCCUGGGGAGGCGCUCGAGCGGGCGAUGGAUCAGCUCGGCCCGUUUGGGUUCUACCAGCGCUACACCCUCAUUCUGCUCUGCAUCCCCAACAUCUUCUCUGCGAUGUACUCUCUCAACUACAUUUUCGUCGCGGAUCAAAUUCCCUUCAGAUGUUUGGUGCCCGAGUGCGAGGGUCCCGGCGGCGCGGGGUGGGACAACGCCACAGUGCUGUCGCUGCUAGGGGACGAGCAGUGCCGCCGCCCUGCGCCCCUCCCGCUCGCCUCCUGCAACGUCACCCACUACCACCCCACCGACACCGUCCCCUGCGACGCCUUCGUCUACCAGAACCAUGAGACUAUCUAUGCUGAGUUCAACCUGGCGUGUAACGAGUGGCAGCGUACGCUGGUGGGCACGGUGCGCAACGCGGCACUACCUGUCUCAUUGCUGCUCACCGGUUUCGUGAGCGACAAGUGGGGUCGUCGCACAGCAUUCUGCGUGUUCGUGGCGUGCGCGGGCUGCCUGGGCGUGGUGAAGUCGUUCGCGCCGAGUUACCCACUCUACCUCGCCAUGGAGUUCCUCGAGGCCGCGCUCGGCUACGGCUUCAACAGCGCCGCAUAUGUCAUGGCGGUGGAGCUAGCGCGGCCGUCGUUGCGCGCGGCGUUCGCGUGCGCGACGGGCGUGACGUACGGGCUGGGCGGGGUCGUGUUCGCGGCGCUCGCGGCGAACGUGCGCUACUGGCGUGAGCUGCUGCGGACGAUACACGCGCCCGCGGUACUGCUCACCCUGUACUGGCUGCUGCUCGACGACAGCGCGCGCUGGCUGCAUGCCUCCGGCCGCCGGGACCGCGCCCAGGCGGUCGUGAGGAAGGCGGCGCAGUGGAAUAAGGUCCUACUGGACGAGAAGCUCCUGCAGUCCAUAGCGGGCGAGGCGCGGGGUGACAGGGGGGAAGGGGCCAGCAGUACAGCAAGGGGCGAGCCCAACCCGUGGCUGGCGGUGCUGCGGUCGCGCGCGCUGCUGCUGCGGCUGGCGGUGUGCAGCUGGUGCUGGGUCGCCGCCGCCUUCGUCUACUACGGCCUCACCAUCAACUCCGUGGCGCUCGCCGGCGACAAAUACAUCAACUUCGCGCUCAACAUGCUGAUGGAGGUGGUGGCGUCGCUACUGAUCGUGAUGUCGCUAGAGCGGUUCGGCCGCAAGCGCAGCAUCUUCUCCGCCUACCUGGUGUGCGGUUUCGCCUGCGUCACGCCGUACUUCGUCUCCCACGGCAACACGGUGACGGGUCUGUACUUCGUGGGCAAGCUGGCGAUCUCGUUCGCGUACAACUCGCUGUACGUGUUCGUGGCCGAGCUGUUCCCCACCGCCGUGCGCUCGUCCGCGCUCGCCGCGUGCUCGCUCGUCGGCCGCGCCGGCUCCGCGCUCGCGCCGCAGACGCCGCUGCUCGCGCCCACCACGCAGGCUCUGCUGUACGGCGGCGCGGCGCUGUCGGCGGCGCUGCUGGUACUGCUGGCGCCGGAGACACGUCGCGCGCCGCUGCCGCCCGGCGCCGCCGCCGCCGAGCGCCUGCGCGCGCCGCCGCGGACGCCCGCGCACUCGCGAGUGCACUCGCCCGUCCACUCGCCGCGAGUGACGCCCCUCGCCACGCCCGCCGACACGCUCGGCCGCACGCACGACAGACAACAUCACAACCUCAAUACGCGGUUCUGA